CAGAAUUAUCACGGAGAGAAUGCCGGCCAAAAGGAGAACUGCGGCGUCGACCAGCAAGAACAGCGAUUCGCCAUUAAGUCCGCGCACAGACGAUCCAGCGUACCAAGAAAAAAGAAAGAAAAACAAUGAGGCUGUACAGCGCACACGCGAGAAGACCAAGAAAUCGGCCGAGGAACGCAAGAAACGCAUAGAUGAAUUGAGGAAGCAAAACGAUACCCUUAAGGUUCAGAUCGAGCAGGGUGAAAAACAUAUAUCUACGCUAAGGGAUCUGAUCAUUCAGGGCGAGAAAACGGAGGAAGGCCACCGCAUCAUUCAGGAGAUUCUCGCUGGACCAGAUCCCAAUGACAAUGACUAACGAGGAGCUGCUCCUAAUUUACUUUAUAAUAUUCACUUAGUCUUAGUGGUUCAACUAAAUCGGUGUAAUUGCUCGAAUUCUAUUAUGACAAGCCCACAUGUAGCUUAUGAGAAACUUGAGCUCACGAGAACAAAUUUUGUUAAAAUAUCUACAUUUUUGUUUUUUAUUACUAUUAUUUCUCACCACAUACUUGUAUAUCAUUUAUGAUUUUACCCUGUUGGAAUCUGUGUCGUCAUGCGUCUGGUAAACAAAAUUGUAACAAUUAAUCACUGUCAAUCUUGAAAUGACUCUUAAUUAGGCAGUUGUCCAUAUUUAGUAAUAGUGCUAUAAUUUUCGAAAUGAUUCAUACAGCUUUAAUCAUGCGAGUCUUGAAUGAAAUAAAUUUUCUAAUAUGAUUUUAA